GAACAGAAAACAAUACCAACACGAAAUGCGGCGGGUAAAUGCUAUAACUGUGACUGUACUGAGAGUACUGAGUGGAGGAAGGGAUCAGAAGGGGCGAGGACGUUGUGUAAUAGGUGUGGAUUGCAGUACUCCAAGAGGAAUAUGCUGAUCAAGCAGCGGUCAUGA